CUUCCCAGUGCCUUGCCCAGGCUACGCGGUCCCAUUCCUGCAAAUUUUAUGUUGCGCCCUGCAUGGGUUUGUUGUAAACUCAACAACUCGUUCAUUUUACUCAGUGUAGUUGGUUUUCUGCGAGAAACGCAGCGAUUCUUUUAUUGAGAAUUAUAUAUCUCAUUUCUGGGGAGUGGACGAGAGUCUUCCGCCUUUUUUCCCGUCGACCCCUCGAGACACCUUCGAUCAGCGCGCGUUGACCUGUCAAUAUUCCCUCUUCGGGCAAGCGAGAAGUAUCUGUUUCCCAACUGUCGACUGCUACUUUCCAUCAACAUGUCGCAUCACAACAGUACAAUUCCUUAUGAAGUCAGGAAAGCGGUGCUCACGGGAUGCCACCCUCUCAUUGAAGGGCUUAACCCUGCCUAUAGCUACCAGCCGUCGCUCGCGGCGGGCAUUACUUUCCUGGUCCUCUUUGGCCUCUCCAUGCUGCUUCACACAGUCCAAAUGAUCUGGAAAAGAACAUGGUGGUGCGCCGUGUUCAGCGUCGGCUGUAUCUCGGAGAUCCUCGGCUGGGCAGCACGAACAUGGUCUGCCGAGUGCCCGUAUAACAGCACUGCUUUCCUGAUCCAGAUUUCUACCCUGAUCAUCGCCCCCACCUUCUUUACAGCAGGAGUCUACAUCUUGCUUGGCCGGUUCAUCCAAAUCCUCGGCCGCGACUCCUCAGCCCUAAGCCCCAGACUCUACCUCUGGAUCUUCGUCACCUGCGACAUCGUCUCCCUUGUUGUUCAGGCCAUUGGCGGCGGCAUGGCCUCCUCUGCCGCAAAUCAAGAAAACGGCAACACCGCCCCCGGAACCAACACGAUGGUCGCCGGUAUUAUCUUCCAAAUGGCCUCGAUCACAAUUUUCGUCGCUUGCGCCGCCGACUUCAUCCGCCGGACCCUCCGUCGCCGCCUCCUCCAGUCCAUGACCGGUAGCAUCGUGCCCCUUCUCGCAGCCAUGAUUUUCUCCGUCGUGUGCAUCUACAUCCGAAGUAUCUACCGUACCAUUGAGCUCCUCCAGGGUUGGUCAGGGUAUUUGAUUACGACAGAACGGUUCUUCAUCGCCCUCGAUGGAGCAAUGAUGGUUCUUGCUGUUGGAGUAUUCAACAUCUUCCAUCCCGGUUGGUUACUCCCAGAUGCGCAUGCGCAGGGCUCAUUCCGUCGAAAGGACUCCUCCGAUGAUGGGAAUGGGAUGAGUACUGAGUUGCUUUAAAAACAGUAACAUUCCUUGACUUUUCCUUUUUUUUUUUUUUUUUGGUUUCCCCGUCCUCUCUCGAUCUCUAGCACUGGACCUUUCUCCCGCUUAUUUGAUAUCUAUCCUCCUCCUCCUCCUAUCUACUUACGACAUUAUACAUAUAUCUGCUGCGCCAUUCUUGGUUGGGUUCGUUAUUAGUAUGUCAACCUUGUUUGCAUCGUUGGAUAGCAUAUAUACAUUUCCUUUUUUUUUUUUUCCCUAUCCCUAUUUGUUACGUGUAUAAUGAUAGUUACACCUGAAUGAGCUUCUGCACCCAUUACAUAGAAUGAUAAGAUUUACAAAUUUAGAUUAAAAGUUUGAAG